AAGGAAGGCGGCGGCCUGAGAAGAGAACGAGAAAUCGAGUGUCGAGGUAGCGGUCGCGGGGAGGUGGGCUGUGGCUGGAGUGUACGGCCUUGAGAGGUUGCGCGAAGCGGAUGCGGAACAGGGAUCUUACAGCGGCCGAGACGGUUACUUGAGAAGCCGGGGAUAGAAGCUGACUUCUCUGGGAAUGCCCUGGGAGAGGCCGGGGCUGAUGAGGACAUGUUCUCGACAUGGAGAGAGGAUAACUGGCACCUUGACAUGGAGAGCGCCGAGGAAGCAGAGUGCAGACAAGAACAGUGGAAGCUCCUGGGAGGUCUGAAGACCACUGUGGAGGGGCUGCUGUCAACCAACAACCCCAAUGUUUGGUCUAAGUAUGGAGGAUUGGCACGACUGUAUAAGGACAUGAACAAGAUUAUGUGUCAUGGACUUCUGGAAGACAAGGUAUACUCAGAACAUAAAGAUUACUGGCCGUUUGUAAGAGAUGUCGGCUGGGUCAGCUCUCGCCUUGCUCACCAUAUUGAGCAGUUUACGGACAGUGAUGCACAUCCUGUUCCAAAAAGUAAUUCACAGAAAGCACAGUGCUGGCUCCAUCACAGCCUUCAGUUCCACUGCCUGUCAUCACAGCUAAGGCCAUUGCUCAGCAACUGUGAAUAUACUAGGAAAUUCUACAAAGAUACUGCUUUUCUGUUGAGUGAUCCUCAUGUGACUGCUAUGUUCCAAUGUCUGGAAGCUGUGGAACAAAAUAAUCCUAAAAUGUUAGCUCAGAUUGACACAUCUGUGUUUGCAAGGAAGUGUAAUUCCUCCUUACCAAUGGUGAAGAGUCAAAGUCUGACUGCUCUACCUGGAACCAAGUGCAUGUCCCAUGCAGAGGGAGGCCAGCAAAGACAUACAACCUCAUAUACCAGCCUCUCAGGUCAUCCUGCCACUUUGAACUUGGGUGCUACUCCACAGGAUUUUAUUAAUGUAAAUCAGACCCAGCAAGAGGCCAAAAAGAGGGCUAAUUUGACAUUUUUUCUAGAUUCUACAGACCAACUGGUACCAGACCAGGUCUCUGGCAACCACCAGUUCAGUGUUAUGCCCUCUGUGGAACCAUUUUCUCCAGUCAGUGAGACAACAAUUAGUACUCCAGUUAGCCAUGGUGAGGACUCUUCGGGUGAAGUACAAGAUGAGGGAUCAAGUGAAAUGGAUGAUGGACCAGAGUAUUUGGCUAUCGGAAAUCUGGGACGGAAGGAUCGCAGCUCAAGUCAGUUCAGCAAUAGUUCCUCCUCUUGUUCUGGAGGUUCACAGAAACUAGUUCCGUUGUCAGAUCAAGUUCCUAAAAUGACUGUUAGCUAUAGUGAAUCUCGACUGAAUCUCCCAAGAUGCUCCAGCUUCUCUGAAACCCAGAAUCUGGAACGACAGGGCAGUUUCAAGAAAAGCCAUAUCCGAUCUCAUUCUGAUACUGGUAUAGCAACAACAAAGACAUCAGAAUCGCAUCUGGGAGUCAGAAACCUGAAGGAAUAUGUUCCUUUCUCAACUCAGAGCUGUGACGUCAGCAGUCCUAGCUCUCCCUACAUGGAAGCUGAGGGUGCCAAUUACACACACAGUUCUGAUGGAAUGUUUCGCCGACCGUCACAAGGCCAGUCUCUGAUCAGCUAUCUGUCGGAACAGGACUUUGGAAGCUGUGCGGAUUUGGAAAAGGAGAAUGCCCAUUUUAGUAUCUCUGAAUCACUGAUUGCUGCCAUCGAACUGAUGAAGUGCAAUCUGAUGAAGAAACAAAUGGUGGAUGAUGAUGAAGAGGACAGUGACAAAGAAAUAAGAGAACUAAAACAGAAGAUCCGUAUUCGACGGCAGCAGAUCCGUACAAGAAAGCUUCUGCCUGGAAUGAGGGGCACUGAGUCAGACGCCUGCACCACAGAGAGUGGGUCCCCUAUCAGUUCUCAUGAUUCUGCACCGCUAUCAGAUUCUGGAUCUACUGAUGGAGUGGAUGAAUUUGAGUUGAAAGAUUGUAUUGAUGAGUCAAACCUCAUUCACAUGUCAGCGAAUGGGCUCUCAGCAUCAAUGGCAUCAUUGUUUUCAGAUGCAGAUAUUAGAAGGAGUUUGGCUUCAAGGAGUAAGUCGGCGAUGAACUCUGAGGCCAUUUCAUUCUCAUUCCUUCAUUCAAACUCAGCUGAGGCUGUUGCCAUGGGUCUUUUGAAGCAGUUUGAGGGGAUGCAGCUUCCUGCUGCCUCUGAGCUGGAUUGGUUGGUUCCAGAGCAUGAUGCUCCUCAGAAGCUUUUGCCAAUUCCAGACUCUUUUCCGGUGUCGCCUGAUGAUGGUGAGCAUGCUGAUAUUUACAAACUACGAAUUAGAGUGCGAGGAAACUUAGAAUGGGCACCACCUCGGCCACAAAUAAUCUUCAACAUUCACCCGUCGCCCAAGAGAAAGGUGAUUGUUGCCAAACAAAAUUACCGCUGCGCAGGAUGUGGUAUCCGAGUAGAGCCAGACUACAUAAAGAGACUGCGGUAUUGUGAAUAUCUGGGGAAAUAUUUCUGUCAGUGCUGUCAUGAGAAUGUCCAGUCAGUGAUUCCAAGCCGGAUAUUGCGGAAAUGGGACUUCAGCAAGUACUAUGUCAGUAACUUUUCCAAGGAUUUGCUGAAUAAAAUAUGGAAUGAUCCACUCUUCAAUGUUCAGGACAUUAACCAUGUUUUGUAUCGAAAAGUGAAGGCUCUGGAUCAAGUCCAUAUGCUGAGACUCCAAUUAGUUCACAUGAAAAACUUAUUCAAAACAUGCCGGCUGGCAAAACAUCUACUGGAUAACUUUGAUACAGAACCAGGUCAUCUGACUGAGGAUCAUCAUCUAUAUUCACUAAAUGAUCUCACUGCUGUAAAGAAAGGGGAAUUGGCUGGAAGGUUGAAAGAACUGGUGAAGUUGGGUGCAGCACAUGUGGAGAACUGCAUGCUUUGUCAGGCUAAAGGCUUCAUCUGUGAAUUCUGUGGUGAUGGUGCUGAUAUCAUCUUCCCUUUUGAACUGCACAAAUGUAAACGAUGUGAAGAAUGUAAAGCAUGUUAUCAUAAGUGCUGCUUUAAAUCAGAUCAGUGUCCCCGGUGUGACCGGUUGCAGGCACGUAAAGAACUCCUUGCCAAGCAGACCAUAGAACUGUACUUGGAGUCUGAGGGCGAAGAGGAAGAGAGUUCACAGAGUACGAGUUGUGACUAACCAAGAAGAAGACAGCAGAUGUUCACAAAAGAACUUGAAAUUUUGGAUUGAAGCAGAGUUGAAUUCAUGCACUUUUUAUCAGAACUGGCACUAUAACCUACACCUAUACUGCAUAGCUAUAACAGCUAUAAUGAGGAUGCUAUCUAUUGCCUUCCAGGAACAGAAACUUUAGUGAUGAUGUCUUUGCUCAUCAAAUAGUUAACAACUCUUCAUUUGUCCUUUGUUGAAUAUUUUUUGUUUAUUUAAAAGUUUUUAGAGUAUCUUUUUAUGUGAAUGUCUAAAGCUCUUUUUGGGAGGGGAGGAGGCUAUCAAAUCCUUUGCAAUCCUGGUAUUGUGUGUAUUAUAACAGUCACUAUUCAUCUCUCUUGCUACAGGUUACAUUCCUGGAACGCUUUAUAUUCCUGCCAAAGUGAGGGAGUUUUCAGUCAGCUGAACAGAAUUGUACUUGUCACUUGUGCAUCUGCUUCCAUCCAUGUUCUUUCCAUUCUGGUGAAGGCAGAUACAUAGAGGUCUUGAAUCAAUCAAAAUAAUGUCUAUAAACAAAAAUUCUCACCUUUUGGUAUUGGGUGUUCCAAUUUGCUUGUAGCACUUAAAUGUUGCUUACUAUGGCAUUGGUACCUUAUCGGUGCUGCAGUGAUCUUAUCUGAUAGUUUAGAACUAGCUGCUGCAAUGCUGGAUGAUGCCAAAGAGUCUUUAGUAUUCCAUUCAUCAAACUUUCACAACUAGGGUUUUUGGAUACUGCAGGUUUAACUACAUAAAGUUGUUUUAUGUUGCUGUCCUAUUUGAGCUGCUAUAACGUACUUUGUCUAAUAAAUAAGACUUACCAAUAAUGAACAGAUUUAUUUUAAUUUCAGACUCUGUUGGAAGGCAAAAGGGUUAUUCAAGAAUGAAGCGUUUGGCUUGAAUGUAACGCUUUUUUUUGUUUGCUAGCUGUCAGAACCUAACAUUUAAAGGAUCAUACAACCAGGUUAUUAGUGAAGUGGGAUGAUUGGAGGAGUCUUGAGGUACUAUUUGUGAGCAGACCAUUUCCUCAUGCUGUCACAGGGAUAAUGAGCUGUGAUGGAUUAAACCAAUCCCACAUAAAAUGCACCAUGGCUUCUAGCAAGAGAUAUAUAUGUCUACUUUUUAGACUCCCAAUAUUAUAAGGAUGAAGAGAUUGUAAAAAGUGAUAUUGAAUACCUUCAGGAAGCAUUUCAGAUGUUGCUUGCUAUUGUUGCGAUUUGUUUGGCUAAUAUUCUCUACUGUUAUUUUGUGUGCUGUUCGUUGAACGAUCAGUUACUUUGUUCAGCUUUACUUACUACUGUGCAAUGUUAACAUCCUAUGCAGUGAAUAGUUUGGAAAUUAAUUUUGGUGAACUUGGUACACAAAAUCAAAUGGACUUGGGGUUUGUCAGAAUGGAACAGGAGGAGAGAAAGCUAUUUAAAUGUUGCGUAUGUUGAAGUUUUUGUAAUUGUGUUGUUUAGGAUCUAGAUAAUGCUAAUUAAAACCCAUAUACUAAUGUGGAAAAAUCUGUCUCUUCACCGCAGUGCUGGAAGGUUUGAUGUUUAAUUGUAAUGUGAUGUCUUAACUCUGGUGGAGGUAAAGCUAGUCAGUAUUAUGCCCAUAUCAGACACUCCUGGUUGAACACAAGGGUGGUAUUGUGAUUGAAGUUAUGGACAUGCUUGCUUACCAAGCAUUUAUGACAAAUCUAAAAUUUUUGAAAGGCAAUAUUUUUUCAAAACCAUGUGAAAUCUGCCUUAGUUGUUACCCUAACUUGCUUAAUGCAGGAUUCUAAAAUUCCAAACUAGUUGUUUCUAAUGAUAUUUGUUCUGUGUGAAUGGUGCUGCUGUGAAGUUCAUAAAAAUUCAUCCUUUCAGUUAUCCUUACCAGCUUAAUAUUUAGGGCCCUUUCAUUUUUGUUUGGGCCAUACUCUUUGCUAUAGUUAACCUUUUUAUAUUAUUUGUGUUCUAUACAAAAUAUAAGGUUUAGGUCCAUUGCAAUCCAGUAAUAAAACAGACAUUUUGUCUGUCAUUCUAUUAUCAUGGUGAAAAUAAAUAUCGUAUUCUUGUGUAAAAGGAAAUAUGCAAUAGAAUUAUGAAAUUUGAAACAGAUUCUCACUUUUUAAAAUAUUUCCCAUUUCAUAAAGUGCAUUGGAUGAGUAUGUGUGAAUUACAUAAUUGAAGGGGCUCAGAUGAUAUAUUAACAUGAAGCCUGAGUUUUGUAAGUCAUCUGAAUCUUGGUUGAGCGAUCCAGUGCUUUUUAAAACCUUGUUUUAUUAGUCUUUGCUGCAGUUUCUGUCCAAUGUAGGAUCUUGGCUGCUGUGGAGUUCUUUUGGAUGGUGAAUUACAAAAAAAUUUUCAAUCCCCCAUUUAACAGUUUGCUUUUGUUGCAUUAACUGGUUUGCCAAAAGCACUCUGCUAGAUUAAUAACUAAAAUAUUUUUCCAUGAAUAGAAAUUCAUUUGGAAAUAAUAUCAAGGAAAUGUAAUCAAAACAGUUAAAUAUUAUUUAUGUUUAUGCUUGUAUAAGGUAGAAACAUGGCAUUGUGCAGAGAUGGUCACUGAUUUGAAAUUAUAAUUGUAAACUGGGUAAAAUUUGUGAUCUGCACCCUUAACCAAGAUUUCCUAGACCUGAUGGGCUGUUAGCCAAGUGCCUCAUGUGAUGUGAUACUGAGCCAACAGGCAAAGGAAAAAUCCCUGAUUGUGUUUUUAUCUGGUCUUGUCAAGAGUAACAGUGAAGGUGCCACGAUACUUUUAGUGCAUCUAGAACUGAGAAGGAAGAAACUGGCCAUGGAUUGCACUUUUGACUGUUAUGACUUCAACUGAAAGUGCAUGCACGUGAAUGCUUGAAGGCAGGAUUGGACUUGUCUGUGAUGCAAACAUCCACCAGGUUAUUGCACACGGAACAGGCACUGCCAAGGAGUCCCAGUUGCACAGGCAGCAGCAGUGUACAGCCCAGAUGAUCCACUGCCUGGAAAGUAAGGUGAUCAUUUCAAAAAGUAAUAAAUAUGAUUAUUUAUUCUCAGUUAAAUAAAUGGGUGCAUUUUUCAUUUCAAAUUUCUCUUCUUAAAGAUUGACUUUUUCCUGGGGAUUAUCUCCGCUACUUUGCUGCGGUCAUUAUUCAUAUGUGAGCCAUGGCAAUAUGCUUUACAAGCUAUUUGAUAAAUUGGAGGCAUUGUCCACAAAAAUACUCCUGGCAGAGAUUACUGUUCAGUAAUUAGGAAUGGAAAAAUCAGGAUCACAUUUCUCCUACCGCCUCAUCCAGCAGAUCAUUUUAGAGCUCCUAAUACUGGCUUGACUGAGAUCCACUAAGUCAGCACAGACCAGAGAGCAAACCUUUUACCUUUCUGUUCUUGGUGAAUUGAAUCAUUGGGGAAAUUGGACAGAUUUUGACACAAUAAUGAUAGAGGAUUUCAAAAAUGUGACAAUUUAUCAAUUACAGCUUUUGGUGGGGUUUCUUUUUAGUUUUCUCAAAUUUACAUAUGGUUUAAAACUUAUAUGGCAAUUACUUGUGACCUUUUAUUUUAAUGUGAGCAUGAGCCUGUAAUGUACAUUGAGUGGGUGUACAAUGCCAUCUUCAUAAUAACUAAGCUUGGUGGAACUGCAAAGACUUUUCCUAAUACAUUUUAGCACCUCAACUACAUUAAAUAUCAUUUGAUGUCAGGCAAGGGCAAGUCUCACUGUAAAAUGUUCCUGCUCUUUUCGGUUUAACAGUGAUUAAUCUUCAAAUGAAUUAGGUAGCUCAAAGCACUUGUUGAAUUACUGAGACAGCAGAUGCAUGGGAACCUGCAAGUUCUUCCAAGCUGCAUGCCAUUCUGACUUUGAACUAUGUCGCCAUUAUUUUACUGUCACUGGGUCAAAAUCCUGGAACUCCCUAACAGCAAUGUUGGUCUACCUAAUUACAUGGACUGCAGCAGUUCUAGAAGGCUGGCCACUGCCACCUACUCAAGGGUAAUUGGGGAUGGGCAAUAAAUGCUGGCCUAGCCAGUGACACCACACUCUGUGAAAGGAUAAUUUUUUUUUAAAAAAAUGCCCCCAAUACUUCGUCAUGGUUUACAUUGACAAACAUUUUCAUAUUCAUCUAUUUCAGAAAAUGUGCCAUCUUGGAAUAUUGAGAACUUUGCUAUUAGUGUUUGUCUAUAAUGUUUUCUCUUAAUUCUUCAAUUUCCCUUUUCUCACAACCACACCGCCCCCUGCCCUUCCAGUCUUUAACCAGUAAUGCUACGUAUUAGGUCUAUAAACAUGAGAGAAGAUAAUAAAUUUUGUAUUCCGGCAAACUGACCAGCCAGUCUCGUGCCAUUGUAUAGCAUAUGCACUCUGGCAGUUGGGACAAGAAAGAGGCUCAGAUACAAUCAGUGUGCUUUUGAACAUUGGGUGGAAUUUUAUGGCUCCGGCGAGCCAUUCAAUAGUCCAUUGACUUUGGCAGGACCAUAAAAUCCCACUGGUGUAAAAUUCCAUCCAAUGUUCUUGCAGCCUGUGGAUUAUCUUUCUUCCACGUCCCCCAAAUCUGUUGUUAAUUUUGUGCUGUCUUUUUGAAAUUAGGUUUUGUGAUACUAAUUACUUUUUCAAAUUGUGAAAUGUUGUUAAUUACUCUCCAAAUGAUCUCAUGAACUGAAUAUUAAAAAUGAAAAAGUUGUAAUUUUUCAUUCAGACAAUAUAAAGUACCAUUAAAACAAUUUUGCGUUGCAGGCUUCCUUUCAAUUGAGUACACUUUAUAAAUUUGCUAGAAAUUGUGGGAAUUAAAAAUUAAUUAUGCACUCGGAAGCCUGUUAUCUUUAUAAGGUGGGGAGGAAAUAAGAGCACUUAAGUUUUUGAUUUGGCUGAUUGGUACAGCCACAAAUAGUUAGAGCUUAAGAAUAUGGUGUCUAGACAUUAUAGGACAGACCAUGCGAAUGUAUGUACUGAAAUAUUGUAACAGUUCAUUAUCUUAGUCUCAACUAUGUAAUGUAUACUACAGUAAGCAUCAAAUCAGGAUGUUUGUAAAAUAGCUAUUGAAUGCCAUUCUUUUGAAUGUCUUGAGACCUGUGGUGAAUGUAAACAUACAUAUAAGGUGCAAAUGCUAGUGAUACAUUUCUUUUUUCUGAAGGGGAGUUAGACCUUCACAUUUUAAUUUUUAUACUGCAGGUGUGGUGAAAUAUGCCACUAAACAAUGUUAUGUUCAAUAACUAUUUAACAAUUUAUAUAGCCAAAUUCCUCAAUGUCUUUGAAUAGUUUCAAACAUUUGUCUUCAUUUGUAUGACAACUUUCUUCUCUACUAGGUUGUUAACUCCGUGAAGAGCAUUAAAAACCAUCAAGUGGUUCAACCAUGAGGUCUUAUGGAGAUAAGCUAUAUAUCCUGUUAGCUUUUCAGUUUACAUUCUUUCCAUGUAAAGCUGUUAAAGCCUUAAUUCAUUAGUUGGCAGAUAAAAUGCAGAUGAAUGAUCAUUCUUGUAUGUGAUGCUGGUUCUCAUGAGCUGAUGUUUUUUCUUAAGUGUAAGGUUAUUUCAAAAUUGUGCAUCAAAAGGUCAUUACUUACUAGUUAAGCACCGUGGUCCAUAAGUUUGCACACUGAGUUUUUGGUUUUGUUUAGCUUAUGGCAGCUUUUGAGACACUGUUUCAGGAAGUUCAUUUAAGAUUUUAAAAACUGCAAAAGGCAACAUUACAGGAAUUUUCUAUUGUAUAUUUGUAAUUUCUAUGAAUAAAAUGUACAGAAAUGUAAUGAUUUAAACAAGCUGAGAAAUAUUCUGACUAGCACUCCAUCAAUUCAAUGGACAGGAACAUUGUCAGAGUGUCUAUUAGGUGAUAGAUACACUACUGGCUGUUAUGCACCCUCACCAAAGUUGAAUUUCAACCCUAAGACUACUUUUUAAUGAUUUAGCAAAAAGAAUGCAGCAAACCAAACUCUAUUCAAUCAAACCUAUAUAAGAAGAGUGCGAGUUCUUCUGGAGAAUGGGCAUUGCAUUAUUUAUAGAAUUCUUUGGCUUUGAGAAGCGAGUUAAUGCAUUUGCACUGACAGUCUAAUAGAGAGCCCUAUUUAAUCAAUGUGUAAUAUUCUAAUGUAACCUAUAUCUGGAAAUAUGUGCUAAAGUACUCAUUUCAUAAAUAAAAUGCAUUAUUCCCUGUUAAAUCCAUUAAAUUCUGGCUUAAGCAUUCAAUUUUUGAACACCUUGCAGGCUUUUAAAGAUUUUUGUUGUGUUUUAUGCUUACCUAAUUUUGAAUAGCAGUGUGCUCAUUCUGAAUGUUCUAAAGUUGAACGGCAAAGAAAAAUACUUUUAAGCUGAAAAACAAAGCACUGACAUUGAUAUUUAAACUGUACGUAAAUUGAAAGUGUAAUUUUGUAAACCGUCCUAUUCUGAAAAAUCUCUUGUGUGGUUUGGACUGGAAGCAAGAACAUUAUAUAAUUACAUGGCAACUAUAUUCAGUAACCCAUCCAGAAUAAAAAAAAUUACUUCCAAA